AAGGGCGGUUUGCUGGGUGGAAAAUAGUGCUAACCUUUCUAGUCAUGUUAAUUGCUAUAGUUAAAAACUACUUGCAACGCUGUUACUUGUUUAAUUAAAGUCAAUAGUUAUGCGUAACCGAAUAUUUUAGGUAGCUGAUGAACAGAUGAAAAACAGUUCUUUGGACACAGAACAUCAUGAUGAUAUGGUGGAUCUCAUUGGCAUUAGAAACCUGAAGGAAAAGCAUGUCAAUGAUGAAAAACGUCGUCUUUCGUUAUCUGAUGUCGUCGACUAUGAAAAAGUGAUAUGUGAAAAUGCACAUUUGCGUGCCAGUGUAGAGAAAUUGACAAAAGAGAUUGCUCUACUUGAACAGAAACGCCGAGAAAAUGAAAAACUGAACUGCGAAAAUCUAAAACUGAACACUGGUUUAAAGGAAUUCGAAGAUUUGAAGAUGAAAUGCGCAGAUUUUGAAGACGAGACCAAAGAACUUAAAAUGCAGUUAAAAAAAUCUGCCACUGCUUUUGACGACUCGGUGGCGAAAUGUCUUCAACUGCAACGAGAUAGGGAGGAAGAGCUUGAAGAAAAAUACCGUCUGCAAAUCGAUGAAGGAAAUGCAAGAAUCGCCGAGCUGAAUAAUGAAGUUGUCAAUGUUACGUGCGUGGUCCCGUAAGAAUAAC